AUGCACGAAAAAGAAAUCGACGAAUGUGAUUUUGAAAGGCCUACUGAGUCAAACUUCACCUUGAAAACCUUUACCCGGCCUGGUUGCAGGAAGCCCGGGGCUGUGAGCUUCGCGGACGUGGCCGUGUACUUCUCCCCGGAGGAGUGGGGCUGUCUGCGGCCCGCGCAGAGGGCUCUGUACCGGGACGUGAUGCGGGAGACCUACGGCCACCUGGGCGCGCUCGGAUUCCCAGGCCCCAAACCAGCCCUCAUCUCUUGGAUGGAACAGGAGACUGAGGCUUGGAGCCCCGCCGCCCAGGAUCCUGAGAAGGGGGAAAGACUGGGAGGAGCUCGGAGAGGAGAUGCCCCAAACAGGAAGGAAGAGGAACCCGAGGAAGCUCCAAGAGCCAAAGGGCCUAGAAAGGCUCCUGUGAAGGACAGUCCUGAAGUGCCGGUGGAAUGCAACCCUGACCCAGCUAUCAGCGUUGCCCCGGCACGGGCACAGCCACCCAAAAAUGCUGCCUGGGACCCGACCACAGGAGCACAGCCCCCGGCACCCAUGCCCAGCGUGGAUGCUCAGGCCGGCCAGCGGCGCCAUGUGUGCACGGACUGCGGCCGCCGCUUCACCUAUCCCUCGCUGCUGGUCAGCCACAGGCGCAUGCACUCCGGGGAGCGGCCCUUCCCCUGCCCCGAGUGUGGCAUGCGCUUCAAGAGGAAGUUCGCAGUGGAAGCGCACCAGUGGAUCCACCGCUCCUGCUCUGGGGGGCGGCGGGGCCGGAGGCCUGGGAUCCGGGCUGUGCCUCGGGCCCCCGUCCGAGGUGACCGGGACCCGCCUGUGCUCUUCCGGCACUACCCAGACAUCUUCGAGGAGUGCAGCUGAGCGGCACCGCAGGCUGGAGUUGAGCCUGACCUUGGCACGAAGGACUGACGGAGCCCUGAGGUGGGCCACUGAGUCGGGGACUCCGAAACUGAAAUUCAUGCCCUGGACUUUCCUCAAGGAUCCCUCAAGUUUCCAACUUGUAAAAAGAAAAGUGCCUGUAAAGAUUCGAAUAGAUUAGACUUGCCACCCCUCUCCCCAGUCUUUUGU